AUGUCCACCGACGCCAGUGCCACGUCUGCGCCGCACCCCGUCGCGUCGAGCUCCCAGGGCGUGCAGAUCCCUGCCCUCGACUCGGCGCACGCUGCUGCCGAUGGCGCACAGCAGCAGAAACCUAACAAAAAGGCCAAGAAACAAGAGGCGGCGUCGCAGUACCCGCUCGAGUUGAGCCCGAAGCCGGAAUACUUUGACCACAGGAUCAGGAUGUGGGAUCAGCUCAAGGCGGAGCACGAGGCAUUUGUAUCUGCACAAGCGCGCCAGGAGAUCACCAUUACCAUGCCCGACGGCGCUGAGCGCAAGGGCACCAGCUGGGAGACCUCGCCUAUGGAGAUCGCUCUCCAGAUCUCAAAGAGUCUCGCGGACCGUCUCGUGAUUGCAAAGGUUGAUGGCAAGCUCUGGGACCUCGGACGCCCACUGGAAGGCAGUUGCAAGCUCGAACUUCUUGACUUUGAACACCCCGAGGGCAAGAAGGUCUUCUGGCAUUCAUCCGCCCACGUCCUUGGCGAGGCAGCAGAGAAGCACUACGGUUGCCAUCUAUGCCUCGGUCCGCCGACGGACGAAGGUUUCUUCUACGAGAUGGGCACCCAAGAGAGGCCUGUCACCAAUGCCGAUUAUCCCGCGCUCGAGAAGCUCGCCGACGGUGCCAUCAAGGAGAAGCAAAAGUUCGAGCGCUUGGUCGUCUCGAAGGAGAAGCUCCUUGAGAUGUUCCACUACAACUCGUACAAGAAGUACCUUAUUGAGAGCAAGAUCCCAGAUGGCGAGUCGACGACGGUAUACCGCUGCGGCCCUAUGAUCGAUCUCUGCGUCGGCCCACAUAUACCCCACACGGGUAAAAUCAAGGCGUUCAUGGUCACGAAGAACUCCUCGUCGUACUUCUUGGGUGAUGCGAAGAAUGACAGCCUACAGCGCAUCUAUGGUAUCUCCUUCCCCGACAAGAAGCAGAUGACCGAAUACAAGGCGUUCCUUGAGGAGGCCGCAAAGCGAGACCACCGCAAGAUCGCGAAGGAGCAAGAACUGUUCUUCUUUAACGAUAUGAGUCCAGGAAGCGCAUUCUGGCUACCUCACGGCACGCGCAUCUAUAACACACUGACUGAGAUGAUGCGCGGCGAAUACUACAAGCGCGGCUACCAAGAAGUCAUCUCGCCCAACAUGUUCCACUCUAAGCUCUGGGAAACGUCCGGUCACUGGCAGAACUACAAGGACGACAUGUUCGUUCUCGACAUCGAAAAAGAGAAAUGGGGUCUCAAACCCAUGAACUGCCCCGGUCACUGCUUGAUCUUCGAUUCGCGCGACCGCUCAUACAAGGAGCUUCCUAUUCGUAUGGCCGAAUUCGGUAUCAUCCACCGUAACGAGGCGUCUGGCGCGCUCACUGGUCUCACCCGUGUACGGAGGUUCGUGCAGGACGACACGCACAUCUUCUGUAUGCCGAGCCAGAUCGAGAACGAAAUCGUGAACUUGUUCCAUUUCAUGCAGGACACGUACGGGUUGUUCGGAUUCGAGUUCCACCUUGAGCUUUCGACGAGACCGGAGAACUACCUGGGCGAGAUCGCCACUUGGGAACAGGCUGAGUCGCAACUGAGUAAAGCCCUCGACGCGCACUACCCCGGCAAGUGGGAGCUCAACCCUGGAGACGGUGCCUUCUACGGUCCCAAGAUCGACAUCACGAUCCGCGACGCCCUCAAGCGCUCCUUCCAAUGCGCUACGAUCCAGCUCGACUUCCAGCUCCCCGAGCGCUUCAACCUCAAGUACCGCGGCGCCGACGAGAGCGUGAUCAACCGGCCCGUCAUUAUCCACCGUGCGAUCCUCGGCUCGCUCGAGCGCUUCAUCGCCAUCAUCACGGAGCAUUUCGCCGGGAAGUGGCCGUUCUGGUUGAGUCCGAGACAGGUGCUGGUUAUCCCGGUCACGGGUGUUAUCAAUGGGUACGCGCAGAAGGUCGCGGAUGAGCUUUCGGCGUUGGGCAUCUACACGGACGUUGAUCUUGGACCCGACACGCUCAACAAGAAGAUCCGCAAUGGAGAGAUUGCGCAGUACAACUUCCUCCUCGUUGUCGGUGAGCAGGAGGAGACCUCGCGCUCUGUCAACGUGCGCAACCGCGACGAUGUCGGCACCAAGGCGCGCGGGACCGUCAUCCCGCUCGACACGAUCGCUAAGCAGCUUGAAACGCUUAAGAAGACGCGCAGCCUGGAUAACAAGCUGCCUGAGAUCAAGCCGCUUUAA